UUCCAUCUUCCUAUAUCUUCUUUCUCUACACACUACUCCUCAGCGUGUCGGCGUAGCCUGGACGUCAUCGACGCCAUGGCCACUCCAACGGCUAUCCGCGCAUACCUUACUCAACGCUACCCAGAUCCACCACCAGACCAGACAUGGGUCAACAACUGUUACACCGCCCUCCUUGAAGCCGGAUUUUCCGCUGAUGCCGCUUCCGUCGAGCACCAAUAUCUCUGUUCCGAUCUGGGCGCGUCUACCACACCUUCCCUCGCUCUGCCGACUCCCGAGGACGUAGAGCGUCACACAACAACCAUCUCCGGCCCACUCAUGGUCCAGAUCCACAGCAUGAUGGACAUCGGUGUCUCAGCAGUGAACCUGCAGCGGACUAUGGAAGAGCGCAGGGAGAUGCUGUCGGGAGCGACGCGCAUCCGGCGCAUGGACAGCGACGAGGAGGUUGAGGAUGGCAAGGUGCCUGCAUAUCAGCGCAGCAUGCUCUCCCUCGAGGUGAGCGAUGGGCGCACGGCCAUUCGCGCAAUCGAGUAUCGCCGUAUCGAGGGGCUGUCCCUCGCUGAUACCCCGUUGGGCACGAAGCUCAUGUUGCGAAACGUCCGUUGUCUGCGAGGCAAGUUGCAUCUCACGCCUGACAACUGCAAAAUCCUAGGCGGCGAGAUCGAGGCUUUCCAAGUUGAGGGGCCAGAGAAGUUCGCCGCUGCACUUGAGGCACGCAUUGAAAAUGCGCGCAAUUACACGCCUGCAGCUGCGCCGCGUCCCGUCCGACCACGCCGCACGUUGCCGGUGCGCACAGCGCGCUCCGCCACCGUUGCAGCUCCGCGGCCCCCACGUGCCGCGCCACCCCGCCGCGCCGCCACUGAUGGGGCUGCUGCCCGGCGCGCGGCGCUUGCUGAUCCGCAGAGCGACGCGUCGAUCGAAGACGACAGUUUCGACAUUGACGAGGCGUUCCUCCGAGACAUUGAAGCGGUCGAGGCGGCUGCGCAGAGCCAGCAGAGAUCACAGCAGCGGUCACAGCCACCGCGACAUUCUCAGCGACGUCCCCAGCACGACGUCGAGAUAAUAGAGAUAUCCGACUCGGAUUAGAUACCAUCGACAAAAUUCUGCGAUCAGUUAGUUGUGUUGCAUGCAUGUGUCCACCACUGUCUCCUG